AUGAAGGGUAACCCGUGCGCCCGCAGGCUGGCCCGACGCUCCAAGUCCGCCCUGUUGGUGGCUGCUCUGGCCGUGCUGCUGGUCCAGACUCUCAUCGUGUGGAACUUCAGCAGCCUGGACUCCAGCGGCGGAGACGGAGGCGCUCGGAACCGGGAGAAGAGAGAGGAGCGGACCGCCGCGCUCAACAAAGCCGACGGGGAGCACCCGAGGAGGGGGCUGCACAAGAGAGGCGACCCGCUGCAAGGAAAGGCGGCCGCUCGACACAAGCUGCAGGCGAACGUUUAUCACUCACAUCGCCUGAAAGAGAAACUUCGCCUGGACAGCAACAACAACGAGAACUCCGUCCCCAAAGACUUCGACACCAUCGACAGUAACAGCAACCUGGGAGCUCGAUCCCAACGCCAGCGAGCGCCCGUCGCAAACGCCGCCAAACGCAAACUGGACAAGUCGCAAGUGCAAAGUAUGCUGGGAAAAUCCGCUAACGAAGUCCUCAAGCACCCUCCCGUCCAAGCCAGAGGGGCGGGGCAUAAUCACAACCGCACCCACGUCCGUAAACCACACCCGCCACUGCCGACCGUCCCGGCACCGGCUCAGGGGUCCAAUCAGGAUCCACCGUUCUACCCGUCGAAGAAGGCCGCCACGCCGCCGCCGAUGCUGCAGCUGCUGCCCGGGUCCGAGCCGAGGAAGGAGCUGCCUCAGUGUGAGAUCAGCGGGAAGGAAGCCAUCUCAGCUUUGUCCAGAGCCAAAACCCGAGAGUGCCGGCAGAAGAUCGUGAACGUCUACUGCAAACACAAAGAGCGAGCGCUGAUGCCCGAGAAAGUGCCGCGAUACUGUCCGGUCGAAGGUAAGGUUAACGUGAACGUACCUUGGGACGAGGAGCGUUCGGAUUCUGCAGCACGCACACCGGUCCGGAUCGCCUUCGUCCUGGUCGUCCACGGCCGAGCAUCGCGUCAGUUCCAGCGUCUCUUCAAAGCCAUCUACCACACCUCCCACUACUACUACAUCCACGUUGACCAGAGGUCCAAUUACCUCCACAGAGAGGUGCUGCUGCUGGCCAGCCAGUACUCAAACGUCCGUGUGACUUCCUGGCGGAUGUCCACCAUCUGGGGCGGGGCCAGCCUGCUGACCAUGUACCUACGCAGCAUGGAAGACCUUCUCAAAAUGUCCGACUGGUCCUGGGACUUCUUCAUCAACCUCAGCGCUGCCGACUACCCAAUCAGGACCAAUGAACAGCUGGUGGCUUUCCUGUCCAGAUACCCCAACAUGAACUUCAUCAAAUCUCACGGCAGAGACAAUGCACGUUUCAUCCGCAAACAGGGUCUGGACCGUCUCUUCUACGAGUGUGACACCCACAUGUGGCGUCUCGGCGAUCGCAAGAUCCCAGAGGGCAUUGCAGUGGACGGAGGCUCUGAUUGGUUCCUGCUCAACCGGGCCUUUGUGGAUUAUGUGGUGAACUCCCAAGACGAGCUGGUCAGCAGCAUGAAGCGCUUCUACGCCUACACACUGCUGCCUGCUGAGUCUUUUUUCCACACCGUGCUGGAGAACAGCGCCCACUGUGAGUCCAUGGUGGACAACAACUUGCGGCUCACCAACUGGAACCGCAAACUGGGAUGUAAAUGCCAGUACAAGCACAUUGUGGACUGGUGCGGCUGCUCGCCCAACGACUUCAAGCCCUCGGAUCUGCCGCGCUUCCAGCAAGCGUCCAGACCGACCUUCUUCGCCCGCAAGUUUGAGGCCAGCGUCAGCCAGGAGAUCAUCAGCCAGCUGGACUCCUACCUGUUCGGAGCGCACGCCUCGGGCACGCCGGGCCUCCAGGCCUACUGGGAGAACGCGUACGAGCAGGAGACGGACGGCCUCGCCAGCGUAUCGGACUCGUUGGUCAGCCACUACCAGGCCUUCGCUCGUAUGGGACUGAGCCGCGCCGCCAGCUCGCUGCAGGGUCAUCCCAACGACAAUAGCUGCAGGUACGUUGCCAUGAGCAACCCGGUGUCGGUUCACUUUUACUUCCUGUCUGACCAGUUCCAAGGUUACCUGGUGCGUCACAUGGCCACCAACCGAGCCUCCACCCAGCUGGAGAGUCUGGAGACCUGGGUGACAACCAAAGACCACUUCACCCUGGCCAGCCCCCCCUAUCCCAACAACCGCCUGCAGCACAUCCAGGUGGGGAUGGACUGGGACCCUAAGGAGCGUCUCUUCAGGAACUGGGGGGGUCUUCUGGGUCCCCAGGACGAGCCGGUGGCCGUGCAGCGCUGGAGCCGCGGCCAGAACAACCUGACCGCCACCGUGGUGUGGAUCGACCCCACCAACGUCAUCGCCGCCACCUACGACAUCCUGGUGGACGCCACCGCCGAGGUCACGCACUACCGGCCGCCGCUCACCUCGCCGCUGAGGCCCGGCGUUUGGACGCUGAGGGUUCUGCACCACUGGACCCCGCUGGGCCAAACCAGCUUCAUCGUGGCUCCGCUGGAGUUCCACAAACAGCAACCGAUACAGCAAGAAGCGGCUCUGCGUCUGCACGGCGGCCCGCCCAGGAACUCCUACAUGGAGCAGAGUUUCCACGGCCUCAACCCGGUGCUGCGGCUGCCGGUGAGCCUGGGCGCCGUGGAGGAGGCCGAAGCCAACGCCGGCCUGACGGGGGCGCCGCUGCGUCGCUGGCUGGACCGGCUGCUGGAGGGACACUGGUCCGCCGCUGACGUUUGCUCCACGGGGCCCAGCGCCUGCCCCGUCAUGCAGCGCUGCCGUCUCACCGCCUGGAGCUCCGCCAGCCCCGACCCCAAGUCUGAACUGACUCCACCCAGAGAGGACGGACGCAUCAGGUAG